UUUCCAUUGUCCAUUGUUAUCAUUAAAAUCUCUUUUUUUUUUCCAUGUGUUUCAAAGCUAUAAAGUUUUAAAGUUUGCAUAUUUUCUUUUAAUUUCUUUUAGCCCAAAUAAGAAAAUGAAUUUAGCUCCUAAAGUGCUUCAACCUUACAAGUUUUCAAGUAUCCUUACUAUAACCAAGAGAUGUUUUUCCGAUUACACUGGACCGAUGGAAAAAAGUUUGAACAUGGUCCAACUACUCGGAAGAGUUGGCCAAAAACCUGUUAUACGUGGUGAAAAAGAUAAAAAGUUUGCUACAUUUGGUUUGGCAACAAACAUUAAUUAUUCGAAGAAAACAAAUAAUGGACCCACAGCUAUGAUGACAAAAACAGAGUGGCACGAUAUUACUGUAUUUAGACCAUUUCUAGUUGACAGAGUGGAGCAAUAUGUUGACAAAGGGUCUCGUGUUAUGAUUAUGGGUUCCAUUGAAUAUGUUAACUAUGAAAAAGCAGAUGGAACUAAAGUUCAAUCAACCAGAAUUGUUCCUGACGAUCUUAUUAUUCUUUCUGGGAAAGGAGCUGCUGAAAUCCAUUCAGAGCCAGAAACAUUGAAGUCAGUGAAAGAAAUCCAUAAAAUGUAAACAUUUUAUAUUGGUUAAUCUUUUUGGGAAUCGUCUUAAAUGAGUCCACUGGCAGCAUUGAGUUACAAAGAACGCGCUUUUCUUUAGUCCAUCAAAAACAAGUCACAAUGUGUUCUCUUUUUUUUACGUUUUUUUUUUAUUUUUAUUUUUACAAUUUUUUUUGUACAUACUUUUACUAUUUUUUGGUUACAAAUAAAAUGAAAA